UUUGAUUCUGUGAAGUGAAGGAGAAAGGCGGAAAUUUGUGUGAAAGUUCGGGAAAGAGAGACGGGAGAAAAAAUGGCACCGAUUCUAUUGCGCGGGUUUCGCUCGCUUGCCAUGGGACGGCGGGUUAUCUAUGGAGAUAGAAUUAUUUUGCUCGGGGGCUCAGCAAAGUAUCGCCAGACGGAUGUGUCCGUGCGCCACACUUCUGGUUCGUCAAAUCUAUGGCAUCGAACCAACCAGAAUCAAAUCAACCAGAUGGAAAAGAGAACCCUACAAACAGAACGGAGGCCAUCCCUAUUUUCGGACCGGAGCCAACUGAAGUAUGCCCGACGACUCGUGAUAAAAUUGGGUAGUGCCGUGAUUACUCGGGAGGAUGAGCAUGGUCUUGCGCUGGGACGUUUGGCGUCCAUUGUGGAACAGGUUGCGGAGUGCCAACUGGAGGGACGUGACUGUAUUAUGGUGACGAGCGGUGCUGUCGCAUUUGGAAAGCAGAAAUUAACGCAGGAAUUGUUGAUGUCAUUAUCCAUGCGAGAGACUCUCUCACCCAAGGAUCACACCCGAGAGGAUGCUGGGUCAAUAGAACCUCGUGCUGCUGCUGCUGUGGGUCAAUCAGGAUUAAUGUCACUGUAUGACGCUAUGUUCGCGCAAUAUGGGGUUAAGAUUGCUCAAGUAUUGGUGACCAAACCGGAUUUCUACAAUGAAGAGACGAGAAAGAAUCUGUUCUGUACACUAUCGGAACUAAUAAGUCUAAAUAUUGUUCCGAUCGUGAAUACAAACGAUGCGGUCUCGCCGCCAAUGUUCAUAGUGGAUGAGGAAGUUACUGGACCCAAAAAGGGUAUUAGUAUAAAAGACAAUGACAGUCUGGCUGCUAUGGUGGCAGCUGAAAUUCAAGCUGAUCUCCUGAUUCUCAUGUCAGACGUCGAUGGCAUUUACAAUAAGCCACCGUGGGAAGACGGGGCCAAACUCAUGUCGACGUAUACAUCAAAUGACCGGAAUGCUAUACAGUUUGGGAAAAAGUCGAAGGUCGGAACUGGAGGGAUGGAUUCCAAAGUGAGUGCUGCUACGUGGGCGCUGGACCGAGGUGUGAGCGUUGUAAUUUGCAAUGGUACUCAAGAGAAGGCAAUCAAGACAAUAAUUGGGGGGCGAAAAGUUGGGACAUUCUUCACGGAAACUGGUCCGGGCAGCGGACAGACGGCACCUGUGGAAAUUCUAGCGGAAAAUGCGCGCCUUGGCAGUCGAGUGCUCCAAAGUUUAUCUGCAGAUCAACGAGCGGACGCUGUGAAUGUUUUGGCGGAUUUGGUUCUCUCAAAGCAAUCUUUCAUCUUGGAAGCGAACGGAGUUGAUCUCAACGAGGCGACCAAAUCCGGCCUCGCGAAGCCCCUUCAGUCGCGAUUAUCGCUAACACCAUCCAAGCUGAAGGGCCUCUCGGUUGGUUUGAAGCAAAUCGCCGACUCCAGCCACAAGAUAGUGGGACGUGUACUGAGACGAACCCAACUGGCGGAGGAUUUGCAGCUGACACAGGUCACAGUGCCGAUUGGUGUUCUGCUGGUCAUAUUCGAAUCUCGGCCCGACUCUCUGCUGCAAAUAAGCGCACUGGCCAUGGCCUCAGCCAACGGGUGUCUGCUGAAAGGUGGCAAGGAAGCGGUGAACAGCAACAAAGCUCUAAUGGAAUUGGUGAAGGAGGCACUAGGCACUGUGGGAGCUGCCAAUGCUAUAUCCCUAGUGUCAACCCGAGAGGAGAUUAGUGACCUUCUCUCCAUGGAUAAACACAUUGACCUUAUUAUUCCACGUGGAAGCUCAGACCUGGUGAGGAGCAUCCAACAGCAGAGCCAGAACAUACCUGUGCUCGGACACGCUGAGGGCAUUUGUCACGUCUUUGUCGACAGAGAAGCAGAUCUGGAGAAGGCAUUGAAGAUAAUUAAAGACUCAAAGUGCGACUAUCCCGCAGCGUGCAAUGCGAUGGAAACGCUGCUCAUCCACCGAGACCUCAUGGAAGGGGACUUCUUCACCAGCGUCUGCAAUAUGCUUAAGGAGGAGGGUGUGAAGAUAUACUCUGGGCCCAAGUUGAAUAAAUUGUUGACAUUCGGACCCGCCGUGGCCAAAUCCAUGCGCCACGAGUACAGUGCCCUGGAGUGCUGUAUUGAAGUUGUGGACGAUGUCAAUGAGGCUAUCGAUCACAUCCAUACAUUCGGCAGCGCCCACACGGAUGUCGUUGUUACAGAGAACGACGAGACUGCCCGCAAGUUCCAGCAGCAGGUGGACAGUGCCUGUGUAUUCCAUAACGCCAGCUCGCGCUUCGCUGACGGCUUCCGCUUCGGAUUGGGUGCUGAAGUGGGCAUUUCCACGGCUCGCAUUCACGCUCGAGGCCCCGUGGGAGUCGAGGGACUCCUGACCACCAAAUGGAUUCUCAAUGGUACCGACCACGCUGCUGCAGACUUCGCUGAGGGCGGACCCAGGAGGUGGAUUCACGACAGCCUUCCCAUAUAAGCUUUCAAAGUCAAUAGCCUCUCGUAACGCGCAACAGACUCGCUAAUUUGUGCUGAGAAAUUCUGUAUCCCUGUGUAUUAAUGGUUUAGUGUAUUUAUACAGAAACAAACAGAGAGAGAGAGGCCACAGUGUUGAUUUGAUGAAGAACUAAUUUCCAAUGUAUAUAUUUUCAGUAGAUGCGCUUUGAUAAUUUCACACAGUGUGAUUCUCUUAAUCUUAGAUCUUAUAUUUGUGACAUUCAGGAUAGAAUUGUGAAAGACGAAUUUCUAGUUUGAUACGUUUGAUACCCUGUCAUGCAUGAAAUUUCAUUUAUCUUGGAAUAAUAAAACUAAAAACAAUUUCUAUUGAA